UCGCAAGUGGAGUAGACAACCGAAGAGGCGUGCAAAUCGGCGUCGUCUGUUUUCAAAUUCUGUUCGUCGAAACCAGCAUCAUGCUCCCACCCCCGAAUUUAGGGGCCAGGACGUGUUUGCCGAUCGAAAGUGUCGACAAUUAAUGUCGAACAUUGCGAGCUGUGAAGAGGUUCGUGUCGCGCAGGACAGCGGAAGAGUUACCGGCGAGAGUUGAUCUCCGAGCUACGUGGGCAGCGAAUGUCGGUUGGGAACUUCCCAAAACGGUCAAAAAAGGCAUUCGUUUUUCUUUUUUUUUUUUCGCGUGUGUGUGAGCGUGUGCCGCCUCGUCGGAAGUGCUUUCGCCGCGUUGAAUGUAACCUACGUGGUUCGACCUACUAAAAAAGCGAGAGUGAAGCCUGUUGGAGAAUCCAGUCGUCUGCGAGCAGUUGGUUCGGAAAGUUGUGCGUGCUCCCUCCGUUGUUUGAUGGUUUGUUUAUAUUCGAGUGGUCGGCUGUUAAAAGAAGAAGACGCUUGAUUGAUUACGUGGGUGGUGAUUGAUUAAUGCUAACCUGGUUAGUGCGGUGGAAUAGCGCCGGUUCAUCGCUGACGAAGAAGAAAUUAUGGAGAAAGGAGAAGGUAGUGCCAACGGGGAGGAUCCAAACUUGCAGAAGUAUGAGAGCAGUUUGUACAAGUUCAAAGACGAACGCGAUGCGAUACAAAAGAAGACAUUCACCAAAUGGGUGAACAAGCAUCUCAUAAAGCACUGGACAUUCUUGGAGGCGAACAAGCGUGUGGACGACCUCUUCGAAGACCUCCGGGAUGGUCACAGCCUCAUCUCUUUGCUGGAGGUGCUCUCCGGCGAAUGCCUGCCCCGCGAGAAAGGACGGAUGCGGUUUCACAUGCUUCAGAAUGUACAAACAGCACUCAACUUCCUCAGGUAUCGAAAGAUAAAGCUGGUGAACAUCCGAGCGGAAGACAUCGUCGAUGGAAACCCCAAGCUUACUCUGGGACUCAUCUGGACCAUCAUCCUCCACUUCCAGAUCUCGGACAUCACCUUCACACAAAACAACGAGAGCCUGACGGCUAAAGAGGCCCUCCUGCGCUGGGCGCAGAGGACGACUGACCGCUACCCUAGCGUUAAAGUGCGAGACUUCACCACCAGCUGGAGGGACGGCCUCGCUUUCAAUGCCAUCCUUCACCGAAACAGACCUGACCUCCUCGACUUCCGAAGCUGUCGAACGAGGACGGCCCGGGAGAACCUCGAAAGUGCCUUCCACAUUGCUGAGAAAGAGCUCGGAGUCACACGGCUCCUCGAUCCAGAAGACGUGGACACGCCCCAACCGGACGAGAAAUCUCUCAUCACGUACGUGUCUUCGCUCUACGACGUCUUCCCGGAACCGGCGACGUAUAACCCGUACGCCGAUGAAGACAAGCAACGCAAGGCAGAUGAGUACCGCGACAUUUCCACCAGCCUGCACCUUUGGCUUCGUAAGACCAUUGCUAUGCUGCAGAGCAGAAACUUCCCAAACACUGUCACAGAAGCUAAGGCCCUGCUCACUGAAAAUUCUCGGUUUCGCACCGAGGAAAUGCCACCCAAGCUCCAGGAGAAGCAGAGGCUCUCUCACUUGUGGAGAGAUAUGCAGAAACUGAUGAAGGAAAACCGCAUUCAUAUCGACGACGAACUGCGGUAUGACACGCUCGACCACAACUGGAACCGCAUGAUGACAGCGCACGCGGAACGUGAUAGGGCGAUUCAGGACGAGAUUGCCAGGCUCGAAAAGCUGGAGCGACUCGCCGAGAAGGUGCGCCGAGAGGCCAAGAACUGCAGCUCGCGUCUGGACGACAUCGAGCGGCGCAUAGCGGAUGAAGAGAGGCGUCUCUCGCGCCUGCAUCCCGGGGACGCCAAGCAUAUCUGCGACCAGAUCGAGAGAGACCUCAAGCAUGCCGAGGACAGCAUCAAGGCGAUGUCGAAAGAUGUGCAGGUGCUGAGCGAUGGUCGGUACUACAAGGCCGCCGAUCUCUACAAGCUAGUGCAGAAGCUGCACCAGAGGUGGCUGGAACUGCGGCUGUCCUUUCAGCAGCGCCUUUUGUCUCCGCUGUCGAGCAAGCAGUACAAAGUGGAAGAGCGCAAAGUCACCAAGGAACGCCAGGUCGUCACCGAGAGUCGCCUCACGGAAACCAACGAGUACUUCAAGUUCCUCCAGGAGUGUGUCGAUUGGGUUGACGGAAAGCUCAAACACCUGGACGAUACGGGGUAUGGAAGCGACCUGCCCAGUGUGAAGUCCACAUUUGAGAAGCACCAGGGCGAACACAGACUCAUAGACCAGUUCCAGAAGAACGUCGACUUGUGCAUUUCUCGGAAGAACCAGUUCAAGGGCGAAGAGCAAGAUCUUUACCUCAAACUUCUCUCCAGGCUGGAGCGCGACUAUUCGGAGCUCUUGGUUUUGUCCAAUAAGCGCCUAAGUGAUCUGGAAGCCCUACUUGACUUCAUCCAGUGUGCCAACACGGAGAUGAAAUGGAUGAACGAACGCGAAGAGAAGGAAGUUUCUCGUGACUGGAGCUCCAAGACCCUCAACCUCGUUGAUGUUGAACAGUACCACGAGGUCCUAACGAGCGAAAUGGAAGGCAAGGAGAGUCAAGUCAACUCCGUGCUCGACCACGGAACGAGCCUUCUCCGUCAGCAUCAUCCUGCUGUCGAGUGCAUUGAAUCACACCUGACUGCCCUCCAAACUCAGUGGGCAUGGCUUCUGGAACUUAUCAAGUGCAUGGAGGUCCAUCUCAAGCAUGCUUCCAACUACCAUCAGUUCUUCAAAGAAGCUCACGAGUGUGAGCAAUGGCUCCAGCGCUCGGAAGAGAAGCUGAACACGACGUUCAGCCGCCACAGUUUCUCCAUGGACGAAGGAGAGCGACUCCUGAGACAGAUGCAAGACCUGCGCGAAGACUUGGCACGCUACGCGGCUGUUGUCAACUCGCUGCUGGAACGCUCGCGCGACAUUGUGCCGUUGAAGCAGCGUCGCGCACCGUUGCCACGUCCCAUGCGUGUGGCCGCCGUCUGCAACUACAGCCAACCAAACAUGUCACUCGUCAGAAAUGAACAGUGCUACCUCCAUGACAACUCUCAGAGAAUUAAGUGGAAGGUCGUGAACUCGAAGGGAACGGAGGGCAUGGUACCUGGCGUCUGCAUUCUGAUUCCUCCACCAAAUACAGAGGCUAUUGAACUGGCUGAGAGCCUGAAACGCAAGUACGACCUGGUGGUGAAGCUGUGGACCAAGAAGCAGCACAAGCUCCGCAUGAACAUGAUCUUCGCCACGAUUAAGAUCGUCAGGUCCUGGGAUCUCAAGACGUUCCGCGCCAUGGAACCGAGCCAGCGCGAAUCCAUCAUUCGUGCCCUGAACGAAGACGCGGAAAAGCUGCUCGCGGAGGGUGACAAAGACGACCCGGACAUGCGCCGCCUCCGCGAGGAGAUCAAGUUCUGCAACAAGCUCUUUGAAGAGCUCAUGGCCAAACUGAGAGAAGAAGAAGCCGAGAAAUCUCCAGAAAGCCCCACUAGGCGGUUCAACGACACAUCAACGAAGCUGCAAACGAUCCUUCAAGAAAAGGACAAGACACUCACAUCGAGGGUGCAGGCUCCUAUUCCAAGGGACCACGACACCCUGGAUACCCUCGUGGUUCAGCACAAGGAAUUUGAGACCGACCUCGAGUCCCUGGAACCCCAGGUUGCAGAGAUGAAGGUUGCAUUUAAACAGAUGCCCAAGAAGACCCCCGCUGUUCAAGAUCGUCACGACCACAUCAUAAAGCUCUGGGAUAAAAUCUGGAACUUGUCCCAUCUCUAUGUCGAGAGGUUGAAAUCUGUUGAAAUCGCUACCAACACCAUGAACGAAGCGACAAAUUUCAUCUCCACCGUCGAAGAACAGUUGGUCAUGUUCGACGAGAUGCCAAAUGAGCAGGAGGCACUGAGGAAAGUUCACGAAGACCUCCUGACGCUCCAAAUCGAAAUGCAACAGCAACAACCCAUCCUGGACAGGAUGAGUGACGACGUAAGCAAUGUCAAGAAGGUGACUGAGAAGUCUAGACCAAACGUGUACAGCCACCCUGACGUGAGGAAGAUGGAAGACGAUGCCAGAAAGGUGAUCAAGCGGUGGAACAAUGCUACCAAUCAGAUCGUUGAAAGGUUACGAAGCUGCGAGGCAGCAUCCGAGCUCCUCCGUGCCUACCGUAACAAGAUGGACGAAGAACGGAUAUGGGCCAACCAGAUGACAGUCAAGGUGAACAGUUUAAAGGUCACAAAGCCCUCCCACGAUGCUGAGAAGGAGUACCAGGAGGCUGUGAGUCUUUUGAAUGAACUCAAUGCCAAGAAGCCUUCCAUUGAGGAAGUGAACACGCUGGGAGGAAGGUACAUACGAGAGGCCAAGAUUUACGACCUGCGGCUGAAGCGCUAUGUGGAAGCUCUCGAAGAAGACCAUCCGAGCUUGGAUGCCAGCGUUGCCAAGAAGGCCAAGACGGACCUGCCUGGAGCAGAAGUCGUCUCCCUCGAACUGGAGUCACUCAAUGCGGAGUACCUGGCGUUGGCCGAGGAGCUGGUGACGCUCCUGAAUCGCUGGAGAGAGCUCCUCAGCAAGGAGGACAAAGCAAAGUUCUCCGUGACCAUCACGCAAGCUGCGCCCACCACUCUCCAGACUUUCCACGCCGACUUACCCCAGGACUGGGACCGUGCGGACGGCACAACGACCAAAAGGCACCACACCGCCGCACCCAUCGAGGAAGGCGCUCAGCGCACAUCAACAAUGUCAGUAACGCUUCACGGUCGAGAGUCGCCCGUUUCGAAACGUACGAAAGUGAGCGAAGGCUCUCCUCCGCUAAAGCCGAAGACAGUUAGCACUAGUUCAACAACAACCUUAACGGAGGUACGGAGCACAAGACGUAUCGUCAAGUCAGAGGACGGUACGGUCACCGAAGCGGCCGUCCCGAAGGCACCGCAGGGAGUGCAUGAUCCUCGAACAGGACAAGUAGUGGCAUUACCAGAAGCAAUUAGGCUUGGGCUUUUCAUUGUAAAGACCGUGACGUUUGUCGACCUUGCAACAGGCAAAAAAUACACCGUGCCAGAAGCCGUGACCGCUGGCUUGAUUGACAAAAGGUUUGCUGACGGUCUGUCCGAGCCCUGUGGUGUAACGGAUCCCACUACAGGGAAGGACAUUACACUCCUUCAGGCCAUGGAAAAGAAACUCUAUGAUCCCGAGAAAGGAAGCUUCUUAAGUCCCAAAAGUGGUAAAGCAAUCACAGUUGAUGAGGCUGUCAAGCAGGGUGUCAUUAAACAGGAGGUAGUGAGGUACCUGAUCGAGCUGCACCUGAUCAAGGUGACACGUUUGUCAUUGAGAGAGGCAAAAGAACGUGGUCUGUUGAAUUUGGUGACUGGGUAUUUUAUUGAUCCCCUAACUGGCACUGCAAUGCCGAUAGAUGAGGCGUACUCUAAGGGACUGCUAGAGUCCCAAGAUGCAGGAGACGCGGACGAGGGAAUCUCGCUCUCAUACGCGAUUGACGCUGGCAUGGUAGAUGGUAGAACUGGCAAGCUGACAGACCAUGUCUCGGGUGGAACAUACAACUUGAAUGAUGCUCUUUCGAAAGGUAUUCUCGCUCCAGACACACACGAGGUUGUCAACACGAAAGAAGGUGUUAUUGUAACUGUUCCAGCUGCAAUACAGUCUGGAAUUUUAGAUGUUGAGAAGGGGCAAUAUGUUGACGUAAAAACAAAAGACAGGCUGUCUUUCCCAGAGGCGAGGAAGCGUGCACUGAUUACACCUUCUUUCACUCUGAAGGAUGCGGAGGAGCAGGAUCUGCUUGAUCCAGAUGGCAGUAUUAUGAACCCAUACACACGAGUUAAGAUGACUCUUCUGGAAGCCAUUAAUGCAGGCAUUCUUGAUCCAAACGUGAAAUGUAUUCUUGACCCUGUUACACAGCAAACGCUAACACUUUCAGAGGCCUUAGCAAAGGGUAUUGUCACACCACAGGGGAAGUUUGUGAACAAGGCUACACGUGAGGUUUUAACACUCAUUCAGGCUGUGCACAUGGGCUUGAUCACGUCUGUGUGUCAGAAAAUGAUCUUUGACAUUGAAGGCCUCAAGGACCCAGUAACAAAAGAAGAUAUCAGCUUCAACACUGCAGUUGAGCGAGGCAUUAUCGACGUCAAGUCUGGUAAAUUCAAAGAUACAAAGACAGGUAAGACGUCAGCAUUCAACAGGUAUGUUCAAGAAAAGUACAUUCAGCCACAGAUAUAUGAGAUGCUUACGAGGAAGAUUGGCAUGAAAGACGACAAAGGAAAAGAGCUAACACUAGUUGAAGCAGUAUUCAAGGGUCUCAUCGAUCACAAGACUGGACAGAUCCGAGAUAGGAAAACAAAGCUUCCCGUUCAGCUGAAGGAGGCUGUGGCUAAGGGCAUCAUAACACCAGAAGGAGCUGCCCUGCUUCGUGGGCUGUUGAGAAUUACCGUGAGCACUGCAACAGUCACAAAGACUAUCACUCGCUACGUCACCGUCACUGGUCACGGUGAUGAAGGUGAAGUCACUCGUCAUGACUCCACAGAUAAAGGUGUUGUAUCUGGGACAAGGAUCGGUAAGCCGACUUCCGAAUACGAUGCUAGCCUUGAAGAGGCCGUCAGGAGUGGCCUCUUGAGCAUGUCUACGGAAUGGCCAGAAGACAUGAGCAGACACAAGGGGAGGACACCUGUUGAACCCGAAGAAAUUAUCCGAGCUGAAGCACAUCUGAUGUAUGGUGGCGAGACUGCUCCUGUUGUUUCAGUGCCUCACCCGAGCAGAGGUUCACCUGACAGAAGAACUGUCACCGAGUCAUUGACCUGCUCCUAUGAAGAAGCUGCUCCAAGGGUCAAUGGGAGAGGCUCUCCUGAUGAAAAAUAUAAGCAUGACAAAACUGCGACACAGAAAGUUGAGUCUUCUAUGCAGUAUUAUACCUACGACACGUCUGUCACAGAUGGCACAACAAGUGGCAAGAAACCGAAAGAGACACAGCGUUCGAGUCCUGCUAAAGAAACUAAAGAAGUGCCAUCACCAGGCAAAGAGAGUGCGAGGCCAAAGGGUCGCGCACCAUCUCCUCCUAAAGGAAUGCUGCCUAAAGACAGCAGUGUCAUUUCUCCAGAAAAACCUGAAACAAAGAGCAGUAUUACUACUCGUAUAACAAAAGAAUCCACCACUGUGACCACAAAGUCUGUUAGUGGAAAACCACAAGACGAUAAGCCAAGAGAACGUACCCCAUCGCCCAUCAAGGACGGCAAAAUGCAGCCUUCCGAAAAGGACACCCCUCAGAAGGGGAAGCUGUCGGGGAAAGAGCACUUGGAGAAAGACAAGACAGAACCACCCACAAAGGCUGAUUCAGCAAGAGGUCCAAAGGACACUGGAGAGAAAGUAUCACCCAUGGCAGUGGGACAUCCUGAACAAGACAAGGCUUUGCCUAAAGGCAGAGUUCCAUCUCCUGAAAGCAAGGUGAGGUCAGACAGAGGACCUCAGUCCCCCACAAAGGACGUCGACAGGCGUGCUGACAUCCCAAGAAGUGGUGGUCCUUCAGAAAAGGGUCCUUCAUCACCAGUACGAGGCACAAAACCAAGGACACCAUCACCCACAAAGAGCCAGCUGGAUACGCUCACAACUACUACUUAUGAUGCCACAUAUGAGGUCAGUGGUGUAGUACCAAGAGGAAAGGCACCGUCACAUGCUAAGGAAACCGCUCCUAAAGGAAAAACUCCAUCACCAACUAAGGAUACUUCACCAACACAGCAGCAUGUGGUAACUACCUACGAAGUUACCUCAUCAGAGGGUCUUCCGUCAUCUCCUAAAGAGUCACCAAAGGAACGUACUGCAAAAGAGCCUGUAACAAGAAAAUCUCCUACUAAAGAGUCUCCUAAGGAAAGAACUUCCGCCAAACCGUCGCCUAAGGAGAGGAGCCCCUCACCAACGAAGGAUACAUUCCAGAAGCAUGUUACGACCACUUACGAGGUAACCAUGCGUCAGAGCACAGCUGAGCCAACAAGGCCAGCCGACAUUUCAGGGGUUGCACCAAGAGAAGGAAGGACUCCCUCCCCUUCGAAAGAACACCCAAAGGAGAGAACACCAAAGGAACAUCCUACAGCACAAAGCCUUGAAACGAAGUCUCCUAAAGAAAGAACUCCAUCACCAACAAAGGAACGUCAUGUGACAGCCACCUGUCAGCUGACUAUGGUAGACAAGUCUACAGUGGGGAGUGACUUGGAGGAUCGUGCACCAAAAAGGAAACCCUCAUCUCCGUCACAGGAAGACACACCAGAAAGACCACCAAAAGAGACUCCAAGGAUGCCUUCGUCUCCGACAAAGGGUGCUCCAAAGGACAAAGUGCCUGCACCAAAGAAAGAGAAGACACCUUCACCGGAACGUGUCACGCAGAAGGGAUCGCCAACACUCCUCUCAUCCCCAGGAGCACCAAGUGACCGGACUCCUAAGGAGAAAACACCAUCCCCCGUAAAGGCUGCUCCAGAAAAGGAGCAACAGUCGCCUCCCAAGGACGCUCCAGAGAAGGAGCCAUCCUUUACUAAGUCACCCGUUAAAGAUCGUCCCCGGAAGACACCUGACGAAGAUACUCCAACGAAGGUCGCUCCAGCUAAGCGUGAGCAGUCGCCUACAAAGAAGGCACCAGAAGAACCCAGCAGUCAUGUCAGUGCUCCGCCUUCAUUGGAGGAAAAAUCAUCUCCCGCUAAAGACGUGCCAAAGGAACGUACUACAUCACCCACGAAGGAUGUUGAAAGGAAGCACAAAGAAACGGCACAGAAGGAGACGCCACCUUUGCAAGGGACACCGGCUAAAAAACGUACUCCUUCACCUACGAAAGAAGAAGCAAAAUACCUAGACAGCCAGAAACUGCCCAAGGAACCAAAAGACGAUACUCCAAAGGAAGAGGUGAGCCGUCGAAAGGAACCGCCUGCAGGGAAGCCAAGGAGUUCCUCUCCCUCUAAAGUUCAUGAAACGUCAACUGUCACUUACAUGACACACGUGUGCAGUACUCCAGAAUUGGCUGAGAGGGAGCCAAGUAAACGUGAAAAGUCGCCAGUGAAAGGUUCCCCUCAUGAACCAAAGAAAGAGUUUGUUCAGUAUCCCGAAGAGCCAAAAGUAUUUGGCACUGGACGACCUGCGGAUGAAACUGAAUCACACCAGAUUGCACCAGUGUUUGGAGCAGAACCAGGUAGAGAAACGCUGUCCAAGGUUGUCACGUAUGGGACCUCCCCAGUGACUUCUUCCUUCACCAGAGAAACGCAGGUGCUUGAGAUCCCGCCCGAUGGCUGGUACCUCAAAGAGGCGAUUGACCAGAAGUUCUUUGAUGUAGAAACAGGGCUCUUCCUUAUCCCAGGGACUGAUAGAUUAGUGUCGCUGGAGGAGACAUUGUCGAUGCUGAUUGUCAAUCCAACAUCUGCUACUGUCAUAGAUCCUGGUACGAAGAGGACUCUGUCCCUACCGCGUGCUCUCGAGAAAAAUGUCUUGGACUCAACAGGCCACUACCUUGACAAAAACAAGAAGCCGAUGCCUAUGUCGCAAGCUAUCAGGAAGAAGUUGAUUAUUCUGCUUGAUCGCCCUGACCACGAAGCUCCAGAGCAGAAGACAACCCGUUCCAUUCACGUUACCAGAGUCAGUGGAAAGCCUGACAUUGUUGAAGUCCUCGAAGACAUCAAAGGUCAACCAGUUCAUGAUCAGAAACCGAACUUCCCCAUGUUUUCUGACAUUGCUUCAGGCAUGUCGUUCAGUCCAGAGACAAUCACUGUCAUAGAGAGAUCAUCGGGGUCUGCCAUGGAUGUCGUUUCAGCCAUUGAAACUGGGAUGUUAGAUGAAACUGAUGUCGUAUUUGAAGAAAAGACGACUGGGAAAGAAUUGAGCUACACUGAAGCCAUUGAAAGUGGAAUCAUUGAUAGGAAAACAAAAGAGUACAAGGACAACAAGACAGGAAAAACAUUCAAGCUUGGGGAGGCUGUGAAACUUGGUCUCAUUGCAGUCAUGGCUGCUCCAGUUCUUGCAGGUAUGAAAGCAGUCGACUCUAUACAUAGCUUACGUACUGCUAAGGAUGAGGUCACACAAUCGACCGUUGUUGGAAUGGAACCCAUACGAGCAACAAAAGAGACUACAAAGAUAAUCAGAACAGCGACUCUUCACAUUCGUGAUGCGGACACGGGACGAGAAGUUCCACUUGAUGAAGCUGUCCGCAUUGGCUUGAUUGACACAGACACUGCCAAGGAACUUGAAGAGAAGUCUAGGACAACUGAGCAGACUGUUCACACAACCACAACGGUAAUGGUCACCGACCCGCAAACAGGAGAGAACAUCACACUAACUGAGGCCCUCGAGAGAGGCUUGCUGGACAAAGAUGCUGUGGAGAAACUUGAGAAAGGAGAUGUCACUGGAGUCAUGACAACCUUGGAGACUAGCAUGCAGGAUCCAAAGAAAGGAACCACAGUGGCAUACCAAGAGCUUGUGUCAAAACCACGUGCGGAAAUCUCUGACGUAGCUAGGGAAGAGGAAAAGAAGAAACGUAAGCCAUCGCCUACACGAACACUGAAAGGAGCAUAUCCAGAACCCAAGUUUGAGGUCACUCUGGGAAGGGCCACUACACAACAGUCUCCAGAAAGAGAGGUUGUGAUCCUUCAGAAGGUAAGACGACGUGCACUAACCCCAAAGGAUGCUGAGAAAGAAGGCAUCAUUGACAAGACAGCCAAGACUAUCUUGGAAGACAUGGAUUCCUUGAAGGAUCAGAAGGGCCAACCUGUAAAACUCGACGAAGCCAUUAAAUUGAACAUAAUUGAUGGCAACAAGGGCUCAGUCUUGGAACCUAAACAGGGAGAUAAGGUUUCAAUCACUGAAGCACUUACACAUGGCCUUGUAGACACAGACACGGGACGCAUUCUCAUGCCUAUUGGCCGCAGCCUGUCGCUUCCAGAGUUGGUGUUCCAGGGCAUUGUAAAACCCGACGUGCAGAGAAUCGUCCAUCCCGAAACAGGUUCCUGCUUGACUUUGGAAGAAGCCAUUCUUUGCGACAUUGUCAACCCACUUUCCAAAGUACCUGACCUAACCGCAAAAUCCACCAUGACCCUGGAAGAGGCAGUAGCUGCUGGUGUUGUUGACCAACAGACUGGGACUUUGAAGACACCAUCAGGUUCUAUCACUCUGAUAGAUGCUGUGAGCAAGCAUAAGGUCUUUGAAACGCCAGCAACCCCAAAGUCAACAGUAAUACCGAUGUUGGCACUGACAUUUCCUGUAGCAUUGCAGCAUGGGUACAUCAAUGCCAAGAAGAAGACGUACACUCACCCCGUGAACAAGAAAGAGAUGCCAGUGAAGAAAGCAAUUGAUGCAGGACUCCUGCUGGACAUUCCUUCUUCACCUAGACCAGACAGCGUAGAUGUCUGUACAGCUCUUGAUAAGAAGUUGAUAGAUGACAAGAAGUGCACUUUGAAGCAUCCUAAGAGCGGUGAGGAGGUACCAGUUAUGGAGGCCAUGGACUCUGGUCUUCUCCAGUUAUCCCCUUUUGAUAGGUCCUGCAUUGUUCCAUACAGCAGGGUAGACACACACCAAGAUGACACAACAAGAACAGAAGUUACGACUCAUUACACAACAAUUACGAGACAUACCACUGUUGUUCUCAUACCUGGGUACAUUAUGGUGGGGCCUAACCAGAUUAAGAACUCGGACACGGGUGAAGUUAUGACCCUUAAUGAAGCCAAAGAACGGGGUAUUGCUACAGUAGAAACAGAAACAGCACAAACCACCGAAAAGCCGACAUUCUCCGAGGCAGUUAGGCGUGGGAUGAUCGAUGUUCCAGCCGGUCUUUACACAGACGUUGUACGCGGUACCACGAUGCCAGUUAGCCAGGCAAUAUCCGAAGGCCUUAUAGAGCAAGAUAAAGAGGAGACUCCAGAGUCUGGAACAUGGACAAUCACUAAGGCAUUUAGCACACUCUAUGAUGAAAAGGCUAAAAAGUUUAAUGUUCCAAACGUCAGCAAACCUUUGUUAUUCUCUGAGAUGCUCGAACACGGUUACAUUGACAAAACUGCUGUUAUCUAUGACACAAGUGAGGGCAAGAUGGUGACUACAGAAGAGGCCCUCAAGUCUGGCCGCAUUAACCCUAAGACUGGAAUGCUGAAUGAGAAAGGCAAAAUGGUUUCUGUGAAAGAUGCAGCAGCGGCAGGACUGUUAGCUAUCGUUGGUGCUCCAGUUCUGGCCACUAUGAAGCUGGCUGAAGUAGUGAAAGAAGCCGUAACAAAGAAGCAGCCUGCACAGGAAGGGGAGAGGACAGUGCAUGAACCGAAGAGGUCUGCUUCACCUGUAAAGCCAACUCGAGGCACGUCGCCAACCAAAGAAAGCCCUACUAGAAAACGCCCAGAAUCUCCUGAGAAACGAGUGGACGAAGGUACUCAGAAAAUACCAGAACAUACUAGGAAGCCUUCAAAGGAUAAGUCAGAAGUAAAAGGUACACCAGAUGAGCCUUACUCAAAGGAAGUACGACAUCCAUCUCCAGAAAAGGGAGAUCUGCCCGACAGUGACAGUAGACGCAAGCCAGCCAGGAAGGCUCCAAGUGCAGAUGAUACAAAGAGGUCACCUGAAAGGUCCGUGGAGAAGCCCCCGCAGAGGCCUUCAGAUCUAAUUUCAUCAAAGGAACGCCCACAGCAGGUACCCGUGGAAGAGGAGGUCUGUCAGAAAAAAAUUGGUAGACCAUCACCCAGUGAAAGCCCAGAAAGGAAAAAGAAGUUACCGUCGCCUGCUAAGGAAACUGUAGAAGUUCUCCAGCAGGAAAUGACCGUUAGAACAGAGGUUCAAAAGGCAGGUUCUGAUAGGGUCCCACCGAAAUCCCCAGAAAGGUCAUCCCAGCGGGAAGCUCCGAGGUCUCCUGAAAAACCUCUUGAUAGGCAACCAUCUCCCACAAAACAUAGAUUAGAGAAGUUCCCCAAAGGAGACCCUUCAAAUGCAGACAUGCCAAGAUUUCCACCAGAGUACCCUGAAGGGACAUCCCCCAGGGACAGUAAGAAAUCCCCAGAGAGGUCCCAUGAGCGUUUGCCAUCACCAACAAAGGAAGUAUCCGAGAAGGUUCCCAGGGAGUCCCUAGCGAAGGACAGACCCCAAGUAAAGUCCCCAACUAAAGAUGCUCAAAAACCGUUUACUCGUUCGCCCCACAAAUCCCCUGAGAGAUCCUCCACUAGGGAAGUUCCGAAAGCUCCUGAAAAACCAAACGAGAGUUUAUCAUCCCCUACUAAGGAAGUCCCAGAAAGGUUUCCAAGCGAAUUUCAGCCAGAGGACCGGCCACAAGACAGGUCCCCAUUGAAUGAUGGCACCCAGAAACCUCUGGACAGGUUACCUUCAAAAUCCCCAGAAAGAGCCCGGAAGUCUGCAGACCAUUUACAGUCCCCGUCUAAGGAGCCUAUCAGAAAUCUUCCUAAAGAGCAGUUGCCUAGGGAACAUCCCCAUGACAGGUAUCCCUCUAAGGACAAUGCUAAGGAGCCACGUGAGAGUUCCCCACAGAAACGUGAACGCGUGCCGUCUCCAACAAAAGAGGCCCCUGACAGACUUUCUAAAGAACUUGCAUCAAAGGACAAGCCCCAUGGCAGGUCCCCACCAGAACCCACCGAAAAACCCUUUUCACGAGAAUCCCCAGUAUCGCAGGAGAGGCUCCCGUCAUCCCCCUCUAAAGAAACUCCUUUGAAGGAAAGGUCCCCUACCAGGGAUGGGGGGCAGAGACACCCAGAAAAAUUACCUGAUAAGGACAGGUCUAAAAAUCGCCCGGAGGGGCUAUCUUCCCCAACAAAAGAGGUGACUACUAGGGAACCUGCUAGGAAACCUGUAGAAAAAUCGCCAUCCAAAGAGGACACACAAAAGCCUCAUGAUAAGAGUCCCACAAGGUCAUUGGAAAGACCACUUCCAAGGGAAACUGGUAGGAAGUCCCCCGAAAAGACUCCAGAAUCGCCCACUAAAGAGCUUCCACUAAAAUCUCCGGGAUCUCCUACUAAAGAACGUCCGCAAAAGUCUCCAACUAAAGAGACGACCCCACAAUCCCCAACUAAGGAAGGCAUUGCUCAGUCGCCCAAAAAGUCUAGCACUCCUAAGGAAAGAUCACCUGCUAAAGAAACGGAUGAGAGAUCUUCUCCGAAACGUGUAUCACAAACGAAAGAAGAGGUUGUUACCAGAGUUAAGACUGAUGUUCUCGGGGCUACUUCAGGGACCCAACAGGUGACCCCUUACAGUAGUGUCUCACAACAUGAAGUCAAGAUGACCAGCACCGGUGAAUGGGUGCCUACACACGAGAUGUCGAGCUUCACAAGCACGGAAGUGGUUGUCAAGCAGACCUUCACGGAGUUCAGUAAAGACUACGAAGCUGAAAUUAUGAUCGGAGAACAGUUGCCAAUCCGAAAGUUGCUUCAGGGAGAUGUUCUUGCGCCGAAAAACUUCACCGUGUUCUUCCCGAGCACCGGACGAACACUUGGUCUUGAGGAGGCACUGUACACAAAGGCCGUGGAUGAAGAUAGUACGGUGAUGGUACGGAGCUUGACCGAGCUUGUAUUCAUGGACGUAGUGACGAGCGCCGUCCUUGAGUUCACCCUCGAGUAUGCCAUUCAUAAGGGUUACUACAGCACGGAGAAGAACACCUUCCUCAACCCGAAGACUCGAAGGCCAGUCUCGUUCGAAGAGUUUGUUUCGAGGUUCGUAGAUUUCUCAAACGUCCGCGUAAAAGACCAUCAAACAGGCGAGCUCCUGGACUUGGACUCUGCAAUGCAGCGUCGCAUCGUUGACCGCGAAACAGGAAUGGUCACGCAUCCUGUGACGGGCCAAACUGUGUCGUUUUUUGAUGCCAUCAUUCUGUCGUGGGUGGUUAGCGAGACUGAAGUGCGCUCUCACGUGGAAUCCCAGACGAUGACGCUAGCGCAGGCGAUCCGCGGAAUCAGCUUCGAUGAGCAAAAGUCAGCAAUGCAGGAGAGAUGGAAGAGCUGCGACGACAACAUCGCAAAGCUUAUGACCUGGAUCGAGGAAGUUGAACUUCGUCUCGCCAACUUGGGAAGCGUCUACGAGGACUUGGACGGCCUUCAUCACCAGGUUGGGACCACAAAGACAAUCAAGGAAGAACUCGAAAUCAACCAGAAAGUAGUGACCCAAUGCACAGACCAGGUACGCCAGAUAGAGCAGCAGGGACAUGACCUGCUCUCCAAGGAGGAGAUUGAGACUCUGCAAAAGGAAAUCAACCAGUUCAAGAGUCGCUACAGUAACUGCAAUGACAUGAGCGACCGCCUCCUGCGACGCCUCACUGCAGCCAUGGAAGAACUGCAGAAGUACUCGUCUGAAGUACAUGUCUUCCGGGACUGGCUGAGCAAUGCCUACAAGAUCCUUGUGCAGCAUGAGACCCACCUCAGUGAUAUCUGCAACAUUCGUGAUAAUGCAGAUCAGUACAGGAGUUUCUCAAGUGAUGUCAUCGCACACCAAGCAGACCUCAGGUUUAUUACCAUGGCUGCACAGCGGUUUGUCGAUGAAUCUAAGGACUACCUUCGCACGCUGAAUGACUUCCGGACCAAUCUUCCGCGCCGCCUGUCCCACGUCGAGCCCACCGAGAGUGAGGUUAAGACGCAGGUGAACCAGGUCACCACAGAUUAUCAGAAUCUCCUGAACCGUGUGAAUCGUCUUGGUGAUCGUUACUCUGGCCUGGGUGACCGCAAGCGUGCCUACCACGAGGCCGUCGAGAGAGCGACCACUUGGCUUAACGAAUCACAACGCAGUGCCAAGCGCCUCAUUGAGGAACCGACCGCGGGUGAGCUGAAGGCCAUUCAGGACCAACUGGACCGCGUCCGUGCGUUCAACAUGGAAAUUGUCAGUCAAGGAAGGCUCAUCGAGACCGCGCGCCAUGCUGCGCAUUCGUUGCUGGAAAGCCUGGAAGGCACGGACGUCAGCAGCACUGAGAGGAAGCAGAUCGAGGACUCUGUGAAGAACCUCGACGAGGUGUAUCAACAGAUGUUGAAGUUGAUCGGCGAAAAGAGCAACCAACUCCAGACAGCUCUUGUCCACUCGCAAGACAUUCAGGACGGACUAGACCGUGUGCUGAGGUGGUUGGACGACAUUGAGUCGAGCAUUCGGAACCAGAGCAAGCCAGCGAGUCUCAUCAGGGAUCGCCUGGAUGAACAGAUCCACGAGCACAGGGUCCUCCAGUCAGAGAUCGAUGCUCAGCGACCUACCAUUGACGCAAUGAACAGCUCCGCACGAGAGUUGCUGAGCAGUUCUAAUCAGCGCCUCGCCAAGAAGGUUGAGACUAAGCUCAAGGACGUCAACAGCCGUUUUGAGAAAGUGCUCGACAAGUCGCGCAAGCGUGGUGAACUUCUUGACGAGGUGUCGAGCUGCUUGGACUCCUUCCUGACCUCGGUGGUACGUUUCGAGGAAUGGUUUGUCAAAGUGAUGCAGAUGGUCGAAGGGCCAGAAGCAGCGCGUGCCGACAGCGAAGAACUUGCAGCCCGCGUGGAGCAGGCAAUGAACCAACGGAAUGCCCAAAAGGAUGCCUUUGAAGACCUGCUGCGGGCUGGAAAGGCAUUGUGUGCCAAGAGAGAGGUCUCGGACACCAGCAAUAUUAGAGACAAGCUGAAGCACCUGGAACAGCAGUGGAAGGAACUGGGUGACCUGCUUGCUGAGCUGCAGAGACAGGGCAAAGCCCGCUCAGAGCAGUACACUGCCUACGAAAACCUGCGUCUGAAAGUGCUCGACUGGCUGGCCAACAUGGAGGUGCGCGUUGACGGCCUCGAUGCCGUGGCAGUCGAUCGAGACGUGCUCCGAAAGCAGGCGUCUGACGUAAAGCCCCUGGUGAAGGAACACUCUGACUACUCCACCACCAUUGAUCGUGUCAACGAUCUGGGCCGAACCUACGACGCCCUGUUGCGGGGUGAGAGCCCGAGACGCGUGUCACGUGGGCCUAGCGCGAGCCCCACCAAGAAGGUCCCCAGCAGCCCCACCAGGGGCAAGCCCAGCCCCACCACGAGUAGUGAGUACUACACCAACGGCACUACUGCAGAGGCGCACCAGUCUCCGGACGGGCGACCAACAUCUACAGUAAUGCAGAGCCCACUAUCUAGCGUUUCCAGUGGCUUUAGCAGUAGGCACAGCUCUGUUGACCACUUUGGAGGGCUAGAGGAUCUGAGCCCAGUGCAGUCUCAGCUCUCAGAAAUAAACCACCGGUACCACCUCAUUGGAGUGAAGCUCUCCGACCGCCAGCAGGAGAUCGACACUCUCUUGGAAGAAGUCAGACGUUACCAGGACAGCCUUAAGACCCUCCUCACUUUUGUACAGAACAAGGAGCGUUCUUUGCCAAAGGAUGCCCUUCCAGCCACGAAAGAGCUUGCAGAAAAGCAGCUCUCAGUUCUGAAGGAACUGCAAGCCGACAUUCAAGAGAAGCAGAUUGAUGUUGACCGCGUUAAGGUGCAGAUUCAGGAACUGCUGAGGCGCAAGCCCAACGCUCCAGGAUCUGAUUCUCUUCAGCAACAACUGAUGGAACUUCUGUCUCGCUGGCAAGAACUGCUGAAUGCUAUUCGUAUUCGGCUUCAAGUCAUUCAAGACUUCAAGGACUUCCAGGACACACACGAGCUUCUGCACAACUGGCUUGGCCAGAAGGACAAAAUGUUCCAAGUUCUGGGCCCCAUCGCUCAUGAGCCACGUAUGGUCCAGGCUCAGAUGCAGCAAGUGCAGGUCAUGCGGGACGAGUUCACCUCUCAGGAAACUCUGCUGCGACGGUUCAAUGUUUCUGGACAGGAAGUCUGCAGCCAGCUUGAACCUGGCAACACUGCGGGCCGCAAGAUUCGGGACAACAUGGACUCUGUUCGUAACCGAUGGGGAGAGAUGAUUGGACGCCUUGAGGAGCGUGAGCGUAGCUUAGACGCAGCUACGGGAGCAACUAAGGACUUCCAUGAGGUCCUGUUGAAGCUUCAGGAAUCGCUCCAGAACGUUGCAGACGACUAUGACCGCCUACCAGAAGCUGGAGACUGUGAGGAGCAGCUCCGACGCCUCGGAGGCCUGGAAGACCGCCUCGAAGGACAGCGUCCACUGCUGGCCGAAGCUGAAGCCAUGUGCCAGCACCUCUGUGAGAUCUUGAGCGAUGCAGCUUCGCGCAAUGAGAUCAAGAGCAAGUGGGGCACUGCCGAUAAGCUGUACAAUAACCUGACUCGUAAGAUAAACAACCGUCGGGCCGAACUUGAAUCCUCCCUGCGCGAGGACCGUGGCUUCUUCACUACCUGCGAAGGCAUUCAGAGCUGGCUCAAAGAAAUUCAGCUCACCAUAUCUCCGGACUUCAAGAUCUCCGCUGACACCGACAUCUUGCACAAGCAGGUCACAGAAUUUGAGCCUGCGUACAAGUCUCUGCUGGACAAAGAGCACGAGGUCCACAUGUUGUUCAGCAAAGGCACGGACAUGGUCAACAAGAUGAGCCGCAAGCAAGAUGCACAACAGCUGCGCACCAAGCUGGACACCAUGCGCAAGAGCUGGGACAAGGUGAAGAAGGAAGCCACAGACAGGCACACUCGGCUGCAGCGGGCUUUCGAGAACUGCAAGAAAUUCAACACAGCCUUCAACAAGUUUGGACCCUGGCUUCAAAGUACUGAGGUCCGGUUCUAUGACCUCCAGCCAAUUGCUUACCACAGGACUGAGGUCGAGAAGCAGACCAAGGAACUCCAGGGUUUCAAGAACGAGAUGUCUAGGCACAGCCAGGACUAUGACAACAUCAGGAAUCUCGGUGAAACAUUCCUCACCGGCUGUGACAUUGACAAAGAAGGCGUUAAGAAGGACCUGGACACCAUUCGAUGCAGAUGGGAGAAGCUGAACCAGGGAGUAGCAGAGAGGGGCAGAGACCUGGACGAUGUACUGUCCAAAUUGGCCGAAUUCCAGGACAAGUCUCGAGAGUUGAACCAUGCCCUUCAACGUAUGGAAGACAAGGUUGUGUCGCACGAUGCUUUGGGUGAUGCCUCUCGGAACCCACAACUCCUGGACAGAAUGAAGGCUCUGCUUCGUGAAGCUGAAGAAUUCCAACGUGGUCUCGAUCGCCUGAAAGCGUUCUCGGAGGGUCUCAUUGCAACGGCAGCGCCCGACGCCGACACCUCGCACAUUCAGGACGAGGUCGACAACCUGGAACGCCGACACCGACAGCUCACCAGCAAAUUGGAAGACCGCUGUGCUGAACUGGAGUCUGCGUCUUCUAUUGUGGCUCAGUACAACAACAAAGUGAAGGCUGCCCAUCAAGAUCUGAGCUCUCUGGAAGAAGAACUGGAGAACAUGGGACCAAUUGGCCGAGACGUUCGUACGGUGAACGGUCAGAUCGAGGAAGUCAGGACCUUCAAGGUAAAGCUGGCAUCUGCUGAAGACGAAAUUACUGACGCUGAGCGCGACUGCAGGGAAUUGAUCAACCAAGGUUACACCCAAGAUGCCAAGGGUGCAAAGUCUCAAUUGGACACCUUGAAGCGCCAGUUGAACCGCUUGCAAGAGCGUACGAAGGGCCGCGAAACCUCUCUCGAAAAUAUGCUUGCAAAGCUGGAAAAGUUCUACGAAGACCUUGCAGAUAUCCAGCGCAACCUGUGUGAUGCAGCCAAUGAGGAACGGGCCUUCCGACCUGUCGGAGCAGACGUUGACACAAUCCGUACACAGCAAGAAGAAUUCAAGCGCUUCCGCAAGUCUUACUUUGAGCCGAUUGGGAAAGAAAUUGACGAGGUCAACAGAGUUGGUAACGGACUGGUGCAGUCGGCUUCCCCUGGUGUUAAUACCACAAACCUUGAGAAGGACAUCGACAAGCUCAACGAUGACUGGAAUGAACUGAAAGAAAGGAUGAAUGACCGUGAACGUCUGCUGGAUGUGGCCCUCCUGCACUCUGGAAAGUUCCGUGAGGCACUGGAAGGCGUUGAGAAGUGGCUACAGGACACGGAGGAGAUGGUUGCCAACCAGAAACCACCUUCUGCUGACUACAAGGUUGUGAAGGCACAGUUGCAGGAACAGAAGUUCCUCAACAAACUCUUGCUGGAUCGUCAAGGCAGCAUGAGCUCACUAGCAACCAUGGGCAAUGAAGUGAUGAGAAAUGUGGCUCCAUCAGAGAAGGCUCACAUCCAAUCGCAGCUUCAGGAUCUCAGCCAGAGGUUCGAGCGUCUCAACCGUGGAGCACAAGCACGCAUGAAUGCCCUGGAGAGGACCAUCCCUGUGGCUCGCGCCUUCCAGGAGAAGAUGUCUCCUCUCGUAGAGUGGCUGGAACAGACGGAGAAGCGUCUCUCAUCCAUGAGCACGAUUCCCACUGACCAGGACAGGAUUGCCAGACGCAUACAAGAACACAGAGAAUUGCACAGAGAUAUCCUCAACCACAAGCAGGCCUUUGAGGAACUCACGGAAAUUGCGCAAACCCUGAUGGGACUCGUCGGAGACGACGAGGCUCAGGUCGUCGUAGAAAGCCUGCAGGAAGUCACCGACCGCUAUGCACACACUGUUGAAGAGAGCGAACGUUUGCAAGAACUCCUUGCAAAUGCACGCUCCGGUGUGAGCGCAUUCUCCGUCAACUUCGAAGAUAUCCUUGCUUGGAUCGAAGAGAUGGGCUCUCGACUUUCGCGCUACCAGAUCCUCAGCGUCUACGUCGAGAAGCUCCAGGAACAGUUUGAGGAGCUCAAUGACCUGGGUGACGAAAUUGCGGACCACCAGAAACAAGUUGAUGACCUCACCAGCAUGGGCCAAGAGCUGAUGAAACAUGCAUCAGGUGAUGAUGCUAUCCACAUGAAAGAGCGUUUGGAUACACUUCAGUCGAAGUACAGCGAGCUGAGUCAGCGAGCUGCUGAACGACUGCGCCAGGCGCAAGAAGCUCUGCCCGUGGCCCAGAACUUCCACAGCUCUCACGAGAAAGUGGUCAUCUGGAUUGAAGAUGCUGAAGCUCAUCUCAAGUCUCUUGAAGCUGCAGGACUGACAUCUCAAGAGUCCACAAUUCAGAGGCUGGAGCACGAGAUAUCCAACGUACGCAGCGUCCUCGAAGUUGUCAACCACCUCGGACCUCAGUUGUGCCAGAUGUCCCCAGGAGAAGGAGCUGUCGUGAUCGAGUCGAUGGUGUCGCGUGUAAACAGGCGAUUCGACACAAUCUGCGAACAGAUCCAGCGUCGUGCUGAACGCAUUGAGCUCUCGAAACAGCGUAACACAGAAGUCCUGGGAGACAUCGAUGACCUGCUUGACUGGUUCCGUGAAAUCGAGCGCCAGGUUGCCGAAGCGGAGCCACUUAUCCCAGAGCCGGACACCCUCGCAAUUAUGCUGAAAGAACAGAAGGCACUCAAUGAGGAAGUCAGCAGCCAGAAGGGAAGAGUGCGCGAUAUCCUUUCAUCGGCGAAGAAGUUGAUGAGGGAGUCUUCAUCCGACGACCAAGCUCUUGUGAGAGACAAGGCUGAAGCACUCAAAGACCUGGUUGCUGCUGUCUCGGCAGCAUGCGCUGAUCGUCUCUCUGCACUCGAGCAAGCGGUCCCGCUUGCAGAGCACUUUUUUGACACUCACAACGACCUUGCGCAGUGGUUUGAUGAAACGGAAGCGGAAGCUGAACGAGUUGGUACACCUUCACUGCAUGCUGGACAAAUCAAACGCCAGCAAGAAAGGAACAACACCCUGAUGCAGUCUGUGAAUGAACGCAAACCACUUCUCGACAAGCUCAACAAAACUGGAGCUGCAUUGAUCCGGCUCUGUGGACAGGCUGAAGGAAAGAAGGUUCAGUACAUCAUCAACUCCGAUAAUGAACGUUACAAUGCUCUCAAGAACUUGCUGCGAGAGCUGCAGAACCUCCUUGAAGAAGCGAUGCAGUCAACGUCUCAGUUUGCUGACAAGCUUGAUGGCAUGUUGAAUGCCUUGGCUUCGACGGCAGAUCAGUUGAACAACGCUGAGCCAAUCUCGGCUCAUCCCGAGCGCAUUCAAGAACAGAUAUGCGACAACCAGGCUGUGGUCAGCGACCUGUCGAAGAAGUCCCCUGCCCUCGAGGCAGUCAAAAAGGCUGCCAGGGAAGUCAUUGCCAAGGCUGGUGGAGAACAGGAGCCAACUGUCCGAGACAUCAAGGGCAAGUUGGACAAGCUAAAUGAGUUGUGGGAUGCAGUUCAGAAAUCGGCAAAGACACGUGGACAGUCACUUGACACUGCACUGGCAGCUGCAGAGAAGUUCUGGGAUGAACUCAACGCAGUCAUGCGUGCCCUGCGUGACCUUCAAGAGAACCUUGACAGCCAGGAGGCACCGGCUGUUGAGCCACAGGCCAUCCAACAGCAACAAGACGUCUUGCAAGAAAUCAAGCAAGACAUUGACCAGACCAAACCAGAAGUUGACCAGUGCAGACAAGCUGGCCAAGACCUGAUGCACCUGUGUGGUGAACCAGACAAACCUGAAGUGAAGAAACACAUUGAGGACCUCGACUCUGCUUGGGAGAAUGUGACCACUCUGUUUGCGAAGAGGGAACAAAACCUGAUUGACGCGAUGGAGAAAGCCAUGGGCUUCCACGACACACUCCAGAGCCUCCUGGAGUUCUUGGACACCGCUGAGGAGAAGUACUCCGGCCUGGGACCGGUGGCCGCGGACAUUGAUGCGGUCAAGGCACAGAUUGGGCAGCUCAGGGACUUCAAGCGUGAUGUGGAUCCCCACAUGGUAGAAGUGGAGUCUUUGAACCGCCAGGCCAAGGAAUUGGUCGAACGCACUUCUCCAGAACAGGCGAGAUCAAUUCGAGAACCCAUGGAUGACAUCAAUCGACGAUGGACAACAUUGCUGAAGGGACUUGUUGACCGGCAGCGAGAGCUGGAGAAUGCUCUUCUAAGGCUGGGACAAUUCCAACAUGCCCUGAAUGAGCUUUUGGUUUGGAUUUCCAAGACAGAGAAGACACUUGAGGAUAGUAAGCCGGUCUAUGGAGAUGCACAAGUCAUUGAGGUCGAACUUGCAAAGCACAAAGUGCUCAUGAAUGACAUCCAGGCUCACCAGACCAGUGUAGAUACACUCAACCGGGCGGGACAUCAGCUCAUUGAAGCAGAUCGUUACAGUGAAGACGCCAGUGCCACACAGACGAAGCUGAACAACCUGAACCGACGUUGGCAGACGCUCCAAGAUACAGCUGCUGAGCGGCAGCGGCAGCUUGAAGCUGCGCUGAAGGAGGCCCAAGCGUUCAGCCAGGAGAUUCAAGACCUGUUGAUGUGGCUUAGUGACAUCGAUGGACAGCUUGUGUCUUCGAAGCCCGUAGGCGGAUUACCUGAGACAGCUAGGGAACAAUUAAACCGCUUCAUGGAGCUGUACAAUGAGUUGGACAGCAACCGACACAGAGUAGAAUCUGUGCUUCAACAAGGACAAGAGUACACAAAAGCGGCUGAGGGAUCAACAACGACCAGCCUUCAGCACAGCUUGAAGACAUUGAAGCAGCGCUGGGACAGUGUCUUGAACAGAGCAAAUGACCGUAAGAUCAAGUUGGAGAUAGCGCUGCGGGAGGCUACAGAGUUCCACGAGUCGCUUCAAGAGUUCGUGGAAUGGCUGACAAACUCUGAGAAGUACCUGACCAACUUGAAGCCUGUCAGUCGAAUACUGGACAGCGUGCUUACACAGAUCGAGGAACACAAAACAUUCCAGAAGGACGUUGGAGCUCACCGUGAGACAAUGUUGAACCUGGACAAGAAGGGAACACAUCUCAAAUACUUCAGCCAAAAGCAAGAUGUGAUCUUGAUAAAGAACUUGCUAAUUUCUGUUCAGCAUCGCUGGGAACGUGUUGUGUCUAAGGCUGCUGAACGAACAAGAGCACUCGACCAUGGCUAUAAAGAAGCUAAAGAGUUCAGCGACUCAUGGACAGACAUGGAUCGUUGGCUUACGGACGCUGAGAAAUCACUCGAUGACCAAUCGAGCAUUGGCAAUGACCCAGAAAAGAUCAAGCGACUGCUUGCAAAACACAAGGAGUUCCAACGUGUCCUGGGCAGCAAGCAGCCCACGUAUGAUGCCACAAUGCGAUCAGGUCGCCUUCUGAAGGACAGGUGCCCCAAGGUGGAUGUACCCGUGCUUCAGCGCAUGUUGGAUGACCUCAAGGCCAAGUGGAACUCAGUGUGCAACAAAUCUGUAGACAGGCAAAGGAAACUGGAAGAGGCGCUGCUGUUCUCUGGACAGUUCAAGGAUGCAGUGCAGGCACUCAUCGACUGGCUCGACAAAGCUCUUACGUCACUCAAAGAAGACCAGCACGUGCAUGGAGAUCUUGAUACUGUCAACAACCUUGUUGACCAGCACAAGAGCUUCCAAGCUGAGCUGAAGAGCCGUUUGACCAACCUGGAGUCUGUACGACGAACAGCGAGUGAGCUGCUGAAGACAGCAAACGCUGAUGACUCUGCAAACAUUAGAUCUCAGAUGUCUACACUGGAGUCAAAGUGGGAGACUGUGUCGAAGCUGUGCAACAACAAACAGAGCAGGCUUGAUGAUGCUCUUAAACAGGCGGAACAGCUCCACACGGCUGUGCACAUGCUGCUAGAAUGGCUGUCCGACGCCGAAAUGAAAUUGCGGUUUGCUGGACCACUGCCCGAAGACGAAGCGACAACGCGACAACAGAUUGCCGAACACCAGUCCUUCAUGCGCGAAAUGGAAGAACAACAGGUUAACAAGGACAACACGAUAGCACUUGCUCAAGAGAUACUGAGCAAAUGUCAUCCGGAUGCCGUAACUGUGAUCCGUCACUGGAUCACCAUCAUCCAGUCUCGCUGGGAAGAAGUUUCCCUGUGGGCACGACAGAGGGAGCAGAAGCUCAAUGAUCAUCUACGUUCCCUGAGGGAUAUCCUCGAUCUGUUGGAAGAGCUCAUGCGCUGGCUGCUCGGUGCUGAGGCUACCCUGACUGCUCUCGAAGCUGAACCCUUGCCAGAUGACAUUCCAAUCAUCGAGCGUCUCAUAGAAGAUCACAAGGUGUUCAUGGACGACAUGUCUAAACGUCAACCAGACGUCGACCGUGUAUCAAAGGCGUUCUCUUCUAAACGUCAGCCACCUCAGCAACAGCAGACGACAACACCAACAGGUCGCGACAAGGGACGGCGUGAGCCACAUGAUCGUCGAACCCCACAUGGACCGUCUCAGGGAACUCCCAGAACUUCUACUCCUGUGCGUGGACACCACGUGGAACCGGAAAUCAGGAACCCACGUGCUAGGGAACUGGUGGAGAAGUGGCAACAUGUCUGGCUUCUAGCACUGGAGCGCCAGAGGAGGUUGCUCGACAAACUCAAGUACCUGCAGGAGCUUGAAAGAAUCAAGAACUUUGACUUCGACGAAUGGCGAAGAAGGUUCUUGGCAUGGAUGAACAACAAGAAAUCUCGAGUGAUGGAUCUGUUCCGCAAGAUCGACAAAGAUAACGACGGGAAAGUGACAAAGGAGGAGUUCAUCGAAGGAAUCCUCAAGUCGAAAUUCCCAACGAGCCGGCUCGAAAUGGAGAGGGUUGCCGACAUUUUCGACCGAAACGGUGAUGGCUACGUCGACCACAAAGAAUACAUCGACACCCUUCGUCCCGAUCGAGAUUGCUUGAUUCACGGUGCUAGAGCGAACAAGCCCCUCACAGAGGCUGAGAAGAUUCAAGACGAAGUUCAGCGCCAAGUCGCCAAGUGCACUUGCGUCCACCGCUUCAAAGUAUUCCAAGUCGGAGAAGGAAAAUACCGAUUUGGAGAGUCCCAGAAGCUGCGCUUGGUGCGUAUCCUGCGAAGUACCGUCAUGGUACGAGUAGGAGGUGGAUGGGUUGCUCUUGACGAGUUCUUGGUCAAGAACGACCCCUGCCGAGCCAAGGGACGUACCAACUUGGAGCUGCGAGAACAGUUCAUUUUGGCGGAAGGCGUCAGCCAGACUCUGGCCCCGUUCAAGCCCAAGCCCAGUCCCAACUCGUCAGUCUCCUCUCAGAGCGGUUCUUCUUUUGCACGAGGUCCCGGUGGGGUACCCACUACGGGUCCCAUCACAAAGGUGAGAGAGAAGACAGAACGCAGUGUUCCACUGAGCCGCCAAAAGGGAGGUGACGCUUCGAGCGACAUCAGUGGGGACAGUUCUCGUUCUCUGACUCGACCCAGGACAACGCCGAGCCGACUCACUCCCGGCAGUGCCGGAAGCCGACCCACAAGCCGGCCAUCGAGCCGACCUUCUAGCAGGCCGCCCAGCCGGGCAAACAGCGACCUGUCCGUCGACAGCAUUGAUGGAGUACGCAGCCAGCAGCGGACACCAACAUCGACGCGCCAGCGUACGCCAAGCGGAUCGUCGCAGGCUUCUUCCGGGAUCAAGGGAACACCGAUCACGCAGACAAAGAUCCCGACGGUCCGACGGACUCCAUCCGGCCGGAAAGAUGGGGAAGCGAAGGGACAGAGGGAGCGAUGGAAGUAGGCCAUCCUAUUCCGCUUGUUGCCUUCGUUCUACCUUGCUUUAAAAAAAAAAAGGAAACGAAAAACUCAAGGCCAACCACUCGCUGCUUACUACUGUGUCGGCGCGAUCUUACGACUACCAGCGUUAUUUCUUAGUCUCGGAAAUAGUCCGAGACCGUGAUUGAAGGCCGAUCACGCAGCAGCAACAGACAUACUCCUAACUGGUGACAGGACCUCCCCCUUUUCUUCAGCGCUGAUAAUGGCCACCGCAGUUUAUCUCUUCUUGGGAUCCCCCUGUCCCCGAAAGAUUCUCACAACUGCAGAGAGAGUUUGAUUUCGACUAACUACUUAAAGGACGCGGAAACGUUGGCUGUCCGAGCUUGUUGCAACGCGCAGUGUUGUGUUGUCUCUGUAGUUGUUUGUUUUAUGCCACCUUUACUAUUUUGUUUUUGAUUUUUAAUAUAUAUCGUUGCGUGUUAUAUAAUUUAAUACCGCGAGCUCACCACUUUGUAGAAUGGCAAUUUAUCGAGAUAUAUACACACACGUGUAAAUAUAUAUUACUUGGAAGAAAGCAUGUCUCACAAACGCUUACUAGUCGACUUGAAUCAUUGCAGCUACGCGAGCGCCUGUCUGUGGAAAUAAUGCUUUAUAUACGUGUGAGAGUUCUUUUUUUUUUUCUGUCAAAGUCUACAUUCCGAAUAGAAAGUUAUAUUUUUUGUCAAUUCUUUUUUUUUGUGGCUCUCGUUGCAUCAUCAGUGUGUUCCCUUCCCCUUUUCCUUAUGUAGAAACUUGCAACCUGUGCCAAGUCGAGACCAUUUUUGAAGGUCAUCUUCGGCUUUGAACUUUUUUAUUUUUCCACAUUGUGAAAGUUUUUGUGAAAUUCUGUUUUUCUUUCUCUUUGUGUUCGAGAAGCAUCAUGCAAAAUAAAUAACGCGUAUAUGUUUGUGAUAGAAGCUUUAAGGAGGAGGCCACGGCACUAGCCUCGGGAAUUUUUGUGUUCAUUAACAGGAAAAAUUCCGAACUUGUUUUUCUGUUUUUAUGCUUGUCAAUAAAGAAGAGAGACUAUUAACAAUGAAUAA